GUUGUAGAGGGACUAGAGGCCCUGAUCGUGAUACUUAGAGGACUGAAAGAGUGGGAAGAUAAUCUGGGGACAACAAGAGGACUUGGAAGAUGACUCGCAGGGGGCCAAAAACGGACUUGCACAGGACUGGAUGACUCAAAAAGUGACUACUGGAGAACUGGAGGACUAGAGGACCUGGAGGAAAAGGUGACUUUAUGUCAGAGAGGAUCAGCAGGUGAUCACAUCCUGUUUGAUUACUUCUUCCAUUCCACUUUCACUCACAUGCUGGACUUCACGAGAAUUUCAGGUACGUUUUCCGGCAGCGCGCGGUCCGUCAGGAGAGUGAGGCGGAAGCGAAGAGAGGAGUGCGCUUCGUGUGGCUCACCUGUCCGCAGUUUAAACAACCAGCGCAGAAAGACAGAAGGAAGACAGGAAGAGAAAGAAAGAAAAUGAGUAACCCCAUCCCGUCCAAUCUGAAGUCAGAGGCGAAGAAAGCCGCCAAGAUCCUGAGAGACUUCACCGAAAUCUCCAACAGGAACGGACCAGACAAACUCAUCCCCGCUCAUGUGAUAGCGAAGGCGGAAGGUCUCGCCAUCAUAUCCGUCAUCAAGGCCGGCUUCAUGAUCACAGCCAGAGGAGGCAGCGGCAUCGUCAUCGCCAGACUGGCCGACAGACGCUGGUCAGCACCAUCUGCCAUCGGCAUCGCUGGUCUGGGCGGAGGCUUUGAGAUCGGGGUGGAGGUGUCAGACCUGGUGAUCAUCCUGAACCAGCGGAGGGCCAUCGAGGCGUUCACAAAGGGCGGGAACCUGACGCUGGGCGGGAACUGCACGGUUGCCGUGGGACCCAUGGGCAGGAAUGUGGAGGCUGACGUGGCUCUUCGCAGCACGGCGGCGGUCUUUACCUACUGCCGGUCCCGGGGUUUGUUUGCAGGUAUUUCUCUGGAGGGAUCUUACCUGAUCGAACGCAAAGAAACCAACCGCAAGUUCUACUCCCAAGACAUCCGUGCUUCGGCCAUUUUGAACGGCGAAGUGGAGCCGCCGUCCGAAUGCUACGACCUCUACCACAUCCUGGACGCCUACGCUGAGGCCUACACGGCGGACUGGACCAGCAAGAACAUGCGUCCAAAAUCGUCUCGUCCUCCAUCCAGACCUCCAGCUCCACCUCAGCAGAGAGCAGCAACCGGCUAUGAGCAACCAGCAGCCAACACAGGAAGUAAAAAUGCCCUCUACCCGAGCAUCUCCAUCUAUAAAUCUGAGACCUCAGGUCAGUUUGCCUCCAGAAACUCUCAAAGCUACGGUGGAGGACCAUCUGUGGGUGGAGCCAGCGGGCAGCUGGUCGUCACAGCGACCCACCCGUUCACGGGUCAGCAGCCUGGCGACCUGAGCUUUGUCCCCGGCGACCGGAUCACCGUCAUCACUAAGACCGACUCCCAGUACGACUGGUGGGAGGGACAACUGGGUGACGGGCGGGUCGGGAUCUUCCCCGCCAACUUCGUCACGUACUGACUGCUGCCCCCUGGUGGUCAGAUGCAACUGCAGCUAAACAACAGGUUCUCUGGGAAGCAGGAGGGGUCAAGUAAACAUUUUAGAGCUGCAGUGAUUAGUCAAAUAAUCUGUUGAUGGAAAGACAAUCAAUUGGGAACUAUUUUCAUAUGCACGUUCAGUGAACCUGAACCCUCCAGGAAAUAAUCACACUGUUACAGAUGCGUUACAGAAAGCCUUUGGUUUGUUUUUCAUGAUCGUGACAUUAUUUCGGACACAUUAGGAAGUCAAGAUAAAGAAGUUGUGAAUUUGAAAAAUUUGCAACAAUGGCGACUUUGGGCUUCCGUAGUUUGUGAGCAGGAAAGAGCGAUGAGGAGCAAACGAGCGGAUUAAACCUUUAGUUUGACUGUGUCGAGGUCAGAAACAAUCAGAAACAGUCAGUACAGUACAGUCAUAAAACCCCCAAAAACGUCUUUUCCACAUUAAUAUUUCAACUUUUCUUUCACACUCGAGCUGCCGACAAAUGAAGUUAAUCAUUCAAACUAAACUUGAUUCAAACACAAUUAAAUAAUUUUUAAUUAUUAUUAAAUAAACUAUUUUAGGAAUUUUCUGGGAGCUUUGGAACGUCUGACACCAGCUGACACCCCAGCACUUUGUUUCCAUGGUGAUCUUUGUUCGUUAUGUGUUUAUUAGCUGGUUAUUGUGCAGGUGAUGGUCACAUACAUCUGAUCUUUUUACCCAAAACGUUUUUCUGUUCGCUUCCUGUUUUCAUUUUCACUCAGACACUUUUCAGACCUCAUGGAUGUGAUUUCUGCUCUUAAAGGAGAAUAAAAAUAGAAUUUUAGGAGCAAUAUUAAACCUUCACGUAGACAUUUUGUUUUUCACUGUGUUCAUAUCGAACAGUAUUUAAAGCUUCACUUCUGGGAUCUGUUACUGCCUCCACCUUUACAAACAGGUGUAGAUGGUGUGACUCAUGUUUGGACACUUAUAUCUGUUUAAAUCUAUAAUGAGGAGGAGGAUUUUCUAACAUGACAGAAGGUGUUUUCUGUCAGUUGGUGAUUAAAAUAGU